CUUAUUUCCGUGUUCAAAGACGAAAGAUAUUUAAUUGAAUAAUUGCAUUUUUAGAGUUGGAUAUACGAGCAUUUUCCUAGCAUGGGAAGGAGGUGAUUGGUAUCUUCUUAUGAUGAAACCAUACCACGUGCGGCUAGGUGGUAGAGCCCUCGGCAGAGUUCGACUCUUGCAGAGAUUCGGUCGCAGUUGGAUGGCCUGACAUACUGAUGCCAACCCCUUUAGGGACUUCUCAUCCAAAGAAGUAUCAACUAAAACUAAGACUAAAGAAAGGGAAGUAGAAUAAAAAUUGCUAAAGCUCUUUCCUUAUCUAAGUCUUAGAUAGAUUCUCUUUAACUAAAUCCAUUUAUAUUGUUUUGUAGGACACUAAUAAAGAGUGGAAUGUUCCUAGGAGAGUUGCCAAGCAAAGAGGCAAAGAAGAAUGCAUUGUGCAGCCAGCCGUGUAACUUCUUUGAAGCACGUUUUCAACAUUUUCCAUGUGAAACAUGCAACCAGAAACAUUCCCCACGUGAAACAUGCAGCCAGCCACGUUUUUAAUGUUUCCCACGUGAAACAUGCAAGCAAGCCGUGUGGCUUCUUCUGCACACCUCCCUUGGAGCUUCAUACACGUUGAAAAUGUUGCAAUUAGAUUUCUAGGCACGCUUCUCUUACUCUAUAAAAGAGAGCUUCUUCUCAUUGGAAAGGUAACUUGAGUAUAAUAGUGAAAUGCUGCUGAAAUACAGCCACUUCUCUCGAGUUCACCGCUUGUGCUAAGUUUAGCAAUUCUUUCCUAUAACUCCCUUCCCCGAUGGAAGGCCGUCUGAGUUAGACAUUCACCACACACACUUAUCCAAACACUGCUAGUCAUUCCGUCAAACACUUGGCCUGCACCGAUAUCUCCAACCUUGCUUCCAUUCCACUGCCACUUCUGAAUCAAGGAGCCCUAGUCUUGAAGAUUGAGGCCGCUUCCAUCACAUACAGUGAAGUUGUAUGACAUCCAGAUGAGGGACAUCGGGGAAUUCGUCCAUUCUUCGGCAUCUGUAUGUAUUCUGGAUGGAUUCAGAUUGGUGACACCCUUUCCCGUUAUUUGCCUGAGCGUGUGAUGAGGCAAUUUGGGUUAUACCAGGAGAUUCCACGACCAUCCACUAUCAUUGCAGAUGCAGAUGUAGUCGCUGUUGAUUAUGUGUGAUUGCACUUCAUGAAUCACGUUAUUAUGAAUGUGAUACAAGCAUCAUACCCUUCUGAAUGUGUCGAUGGAUACAUACAGUGGUUUAGGAGGGUUUCACAUCCCUAUAUUAUUCCUGCUCCACCUGACACGAGACCGACUCUUGGGCCUACACAACGCCCUGAUGUUCCACAGGAGGCACGACCCCAUCGUAGAUCCUCUCCACCUUCACCAUCUGGCAUCGUGGCUAGAUUUAGGCGAAUGACGAGAAUGUUACAAUCGUUGAUAUCGUGUCGUCAUGGGACCGAGGGUACUAUUGCACAUCAGGUGUCGGUGGACCUGCUUCAGAUUGCUAAUGAGGGCAUCGACGAAUAUUCUCCAACUAGAAGAGGGCAGAGGCAUGUGCGUGGUAGACGGUCGACGUCUAAUUGAUAGGACUUUGUAUUUCAGUUUUUUAACAAGUUAUUUGGGAUACACUAAUGUUUACCUUAAGUGUUCGUUAACUAAUUUUCUUUUCCAA